GGGGUGUCUUCAAGCAGCUCCAGCCAAUGGAGUUGGAUUGAAGGUGAUGACAACGUGUCUGUCCAUUUUCCCGGGAAACACAAGCCUCCAAGAAAAGUUCAGCCAUUUUCGGAAGGGGACAGACGCAUUUAGCAGCUGCUACCUGGACCAAAGUGGGGACUAAAGAUGCCGCUGAUCUUUCUUGGGUCCCUCUGGCUGGCUGCAGGGUGCGGGCAGGUGGCAGGGCUCGGAGAAUGUCCCCUCUAUAACCUGUCUGUGCCUGAAGGCUCCUCUGGGCAUGUUGAAAUAAACCUGCCCAAGAAAGCAUCUUUUUUGUGUAAGAUGCAAACCACUGUUGCGGCCGCCGCCUCCGCUUGUCACCCCAUCCUGGUGUUAACUAAUAAACAAAAGCAGAACUACCUGAACAGCACGUACCGGGGACGGAUCUCUCUAUCAGACCGGCUCUUCUUUACUGUGAAGAAUGCAAGUGAAUGGAUGGCAGGAGAAUACCAAGUCGUUGGUGACCUUCAUGGAACCUGCACGGCUCGUAUCAAUCUGACGGUGCCUGGUCCUGUCUCAUUCCCACCGCCUAUAUCGGAGACUCCUGCUGCCAAAGAAAGGGCUGCCAGUCCAACUGGAGAGGGAAGUAGCCGAGGGACAUUUUCCAAUAGCUCUCUGGAGCGGGAGCCAAGGGGCCGCUAUGGUGUGUGGGCCUCACUGGUGUUGCUUGCUGCUUUCUUUGCUGUACUUUGUCUGCUGGACACGCGGGGGAGACGGACCAAUAACCCAUUAUGGUUGUGAAGAGGAAGGGAUCUCCGACUCAGCAAACUCACCCGUUUGCGUGUUGGCCUGUGUCUCGCAGCAGCACGAGGCUGGAACCCAAUGGAGAGGCUGGUGAGGUGAUCCCAUUGAAUGGAGAGGUGGUACAGAACUGAGCUGGCUGCACCAACGCAGCCGAAAGGCAGCACUUUAAUAGCAUUGAAUGGCCGAGGUGCGGGCGCCUCCUGUGGGUGUUGGGUGGCUACGAUCAUCACAGUAGCCGGUGGCUUGAGUCUGGAUGUGGCUUCUCCUCAUGUAAGGCCAAGGAUGCCCUUGUGUUCAAUGCACCAGGCUGGGACUUGGGAGACCUGGCUUUAAAUUGUGGCUCUUCCACAGACUCACUCACUCGAAGUCAGACAGGAACUGGGGGGAGGGAUAGCUCAGUGGUUUGCACAUUGCCCUGCUAAACCCAGGGUUGUGAGUUCAAUCCUUGAGGGGGCCACUUAGGGAUCUGGGGCAAAAAUCAGUACGUGGUCUUGCUAGUGAAGGCAGGGGGCUGGACUCGAUGACCUCCUCUUGGGGUCCCUUCCCGUUCUAGGAGCUAGGUAUAUCUCAAUAUAUUUUAACUCAGGGCUCUAUAGUCAGCUCAGAGUGUGGGUCUGGGUGUUAGUUCAAAGGAUCAUGGAGCUACUGAACUGGGAGCCAAGCUCUUCUGAAAAUCUGGCCUUCCACUGUCCCAUGCCUUAAUUUCCCCAUCUUUAAAAUGAGACACUCCUCUGUGUAGAUUAUAAGCACUUUAGGGGAGGGACUGAGAGUGCAGGUGUGUCCCCAAAGAGGAGCCCUCCACAACAACUUGAACAUUCUAGUAAUUCAAUGCCAGGAAGCAGGCUUUGGGCAUCCAUGAUUUUUCUUGCUUGCAUCCUGUCUUUGAAUUUUUUAAUAAAAAUAUCCAUGCUGCAAUUGUAGCCUUAAUCAUGAGUUAAUGUGAUUUUAAUUGUUUUAAAGUGGUUUUAUUAUUGUAUUUCUCUGUGCCUCUCUCCCCUUUCCUUCUGUCUGUGGGGAAAAUAUUUAUUUAGACUACAAGCAGAGGGAGUGUCUCAUUUAUCUUUGCACAAGGGGACACUGAUCUCUGCUGAGUUUUUUUUUUUUUUUUUUUUAACCCAUUGUGAACCUUCCUGGCUUCUUCAGACGCUCCAACUUGCAGUGGAGAGAGUAUUGGCUUCAGCUCUCCAGGGGUCUCAAAUGCAAACUUCUCCCUUGGGUUUGGUCUGUCCCCCCCCCCCUUUUUUUUUGGUUCAUGGCAGAAUAUUGGACUAGCCUUGCUGGGCUAGUAUCCUAAUGCCAAAUAGCUAAAAUCACCCUAAUUGGCCUCUCAGAGUUGGUAAGACAAC